GUGAGCGCUGUUUGUCUGUAUUGACUCCAGCAGAAGAGAAGCGCUCAUGUGUCUGGUGUCUACUUUUAACCAUCUGAACCAUGGAAAGAAAACACAUGUCCGCGUUAUCUAUUUAUCAGUCAUUAUCAGGAGGGGCAAAACCACAAGUGCAGGCUAAGUCUCCGCCAGCAAAGAAAAUCAAAAGGAAGGAGAAUGGCAUCCAACCAAAGAAGAAACCCAAUAAAAAGAGCAGAAGGAGACCUCUGAAGUCCAGCAUGAGACUCAGCAGCAGUGAAAAGGAGAAGGCUGAGGCUGAGAAGGACUGUGAGACGCAUGACGGUGGAAUUGAGAGUCCAGCUCUUGAUGUGCUCCUGACCGAUCUGACGAAGGUCAACAACAGCAGAGAAAGAGCCAACAGACUGUUCCAGUGGCUCAUUCACCCCGUCCCAGACAAGAGCUUCUUCAGAGAUAAUUGGGAGAAGAAACCGAUUCUGAUCCAGCGACAGAAUCCAGGCUAUUACAAAGGACUCUUUUCGACGGCUGAGUUUGACCACAUCUUAAGAAAUGAUGAUGUGCAGUACGGAGUGAACCUGGAUGUGACGAGCUACACAAAAGGAAAAAGAGAGACACACAAUCCUCCAGGAAGAGCGCUACCAUACACUGUCUGGGCUUUGUAUAAGAGCGGCUGUUCUCUCCGAAUGCUCAAUCCUCAAGCAUUUUCCUCCGCCGUGUGGCAAGUGCUCUCUAUUCUUCAGGAGAAGUUUGGCAGUAUGGCGGGCGCAAACGUCUAUCUGACACCAGCGGGGACGCAGGGCUUCGCUCCUCACUAUGAUGAUAUAGAGGCGUUUAUUUUGCAGCUGGAGGGGAAAAAGCACUGGAGAGUGUACAACCCUCGAUCUAAAGAUGAAGUGUUGCCACUAGUGUCUAGUCCUAAUUUCAGUCAGGACGAGAUCGGGCAGCCCAUCAUGGACGUGGUGCUGGAAGCUGGCGAUCUGCUGUAUUUUCCUCGUGGCUUCAUUCAUCAGGGCGACUGUCUGCCUGACGCUCACUCCAUGCACAUCACCGUCUCCUCCUUCCAGAGGAACAGCUGGGGAGAUCUGCUCCUCAAAUUGAUGCCAGCCGCUCUGGAGACCGCGAUGGAGGAAGACGUUGAGUUCAGGAAGGGACUGCCGCUUGAUUACCUUCAGUUCAUGGGAGUCCAGAACUCUGAGAAGGAAGACCCACGGAGAGACAAAUUCAUUGCACACGUGGAGGGCCUGGUGAAGAAACUGGUCAGUUUUGCGCCGGUCGAUGCUGCUGUGGAUCAGAAAGCCAGAGACUUCCUGCACGACUGUCUUCCUCCGCUGCUGAGCGCUGAGGAGAAGGCCAGCAGUGUGUACGGGGCUCCUGCUCGAUGGGGACACGGUGAGGCCCUUGAUGUGACUGUUCAGCUGAAGAGCCAAACCCAAAUCAGACUCGUGCGGGCUGGAGCUGCACGGUUGUGCGGUGAUGGAGAAACAGUCUCUCUUUUCUACAUUACUGAUAACUCCAGAGUCUAUCAUAAAGAAGAGCCCAAGAGCAUUGAGAUGAAAGCGGAGCACAUUGAUGCCAUGGAGUUUCUGAUUCAUUCAUAUCCCAAGUUUGUUUCUGUGGCCAGUUUACCAUGUGAGACAAUGGAGGCUAAGAUGUCUCUGGCUGAGCUGCUCUUUGAGAAGGGACUGAUCCACACAGCUGAAUAAAAACUGAAAAAAGAAAGAAAAUGAGUUUCAUAUGCUUUUCUUUUCUGGCUACAUCUUUUUUUGUCAACUUAAAUUGAAGAGUAUUUGUAACUUUUAGGUUUCUUUGUCUUGUUAAACAGUUGUGGAAAGUUUGAUUUUAGUGUGUGGGAGGAAAUGCAUAAAUAUACAGAAUUGCUGAGGUUAAC